GGCCCUCGGGGCGGAGCCGCCGGAGCGGGGAGCGCCGGAGCGGGGAGCGCGGAGCCCCGGCCCCGGGAUGAGCUUCCCGCGGCCCCUCCGCCGCUCCGUGAGCCUCAGCCCGGCCCGGAGCCUGCGCCUCGUCGUGCUGGGGCAGAGCGCAGUGGGCAAGACAGCGCUGACCGUCAGGUUCAUCACCAGGAGGUUCAUUGGAGACUACGACCCAACCCUGGAGAUGAUUUACAGACACGUGGCUCUCAUUGAUGGGGAGAUGGUGCACUUCGAGAUCCUCGACACGGCGGGACAGGAGGAGGACUCGCUGCACAUAGAGGAGAAGAUCAAGUGGGGCGAUGGCUUCGCCGUGGUCUACUCGGUGACGGACAGAUGCAGCUUCGACGAGGUGAUGCGGCUCUGCUUCCUCAUCAACCACAUCCACUCGAGCCCCCGGCGCAGCGGCGCGGGCGAGCAGCCGCCCGUCGUCAUCGUGGCCAACAAGAAGGACCUGCAGUUCGACCGCAUGGUGUCCACCGAGGACGGCCAGAACCUCUCCAAGGCCUUGAAGCUGCCUUUCUACGAGAUCUCCACCCGGGACAGCUACGAGGAGCCCGUGGCCGUGUUCAACGCCCUCUACCAGGAGCUCAUGAGGCAGGGGCACUUCUCCCCGGGCUCCUUCAAGAGGAGGACGGUGUCGAAGCUGAUGGAGAAGAUCCCAAAGAUGCAGGCGAGCUCCAGCUCGCACCCAGCGGGACGCAGCCUCAGCUUCAACUCCUUCAGGGACUACAUCCCCGAGUGAGCGGACACAGGGACAGGUCUUAUCCUGCUGCUUCAGCC